AUCUUCUUGCGUAACUAAUUCCUGAUAUCUUCCUCAGUUUCCUCUCUCUAAGGAUGAAUAUUCUUUCCUUUCCUUCUUAUAAGCUUCUUCCUCAGCCAUUUCAUUCAAACCUUUCUCCUAUUCUUCCUUUCCGCCCUAAGAGAUUGCGGAUCACAGCAUCAGCUGCACGAAACAACGGCCACGAUUGGGGUUUUGGAGGCCGAUCGGUGGAUGAGGACAUGAUCGUCCUGCGGCAGCGUAUACAUGAGAUGAAGAUGGAAGAGAUGAAUUACGAGCCGCCUCUCCAUUGGAUGGAGUGGGAGAAGAGAUAUUACACGUGUUACGAUUCGGACGUGUGCGAGGCGGUCGGGCUAUUGCAGACACUGUUGAUGAAUACCAGGCCAAGCUUGGCUAUUGGUACGGUGGCACUUGUUGCUUUGAGUAUCCCCACAUCAACGGUCAUGAUCAUCUUUCAUUUUAUUGAGUUUGCCAAGACCAUUUGUUUUCACCUUUUAUGAAAGUGUAGGUGACUCUACGUAAAUAUAAAAAUUAAUAGGUUGUCCAUAUUUUUGUAUGGAUGGAAUAUUAAUACCUUAUUAUUUUAACUGGAUGAAUAAAUUUUAAUAAUAAUUUUGAGUUGA